GCCAAAAGUAAAAACCCAAAACAACCAUGACGGGUCGCGAAUCCAACCGCAUCAAGGACGCUGAAAAGAAGCGUGUCCUGGACUCCACAGCCCGCCAGCGGCGUGCCCGAAAAGCCUUGGAGGCCCUGGAACAGGACAACUACCACGAUGACCCACACGCCGACCUCGUCAUGUCCAAGAAGUUGCCCAAAUUCCAGGACAGCCUAAAGACCGGCAAGGAGAAGAAAGGCAAGCGCAAGGGCGCCGAAUACUUUCUCGUCAAGUAUCGCAAGAACUUUCAGCAACUGCUCGAGGAGGACAAGGACAAGCAACCCAACUACGAGAGCGCCGCAGCGCCGGCUCCACAAAAGCCACUGCGGCAUUUCUGCGCCGUUUGCGGCAACUUCUCGUUGUACUCGUGCACCGCCUGCGGUACGCGCUACUGUUGCGUUAGGUGCCUGAAUACGCACCAGGACACACGCUGCCUCAAGUGGACCGCCUGAGCAUGGUUGUUAUGUUUACAAAUAAAUCAAACAUUAGACAUAA